AUGAUCAAAACUACACGUGACAAGUUUUGCAGGGAGACGGCAAAACCUCCAGCACUGAGGGUAAGCUAAAGAUUCAUUUGAAAUUGUAUAAUUGUCUACUGUUGUUUCUACUUAUUGUGAAAUAUCAUACAUAGAAUAUGUGUUGUGUUUAUCUAUGUAUAUGGACGGCGUAAGAUGACUAGACGGUUUAAAUUUAAUGAGAUGCUUCCUUGUAUUAAAUGUACUGAAGCUUGCAAACAACAAACUCUACUAAGCAAUAAUAAUUUUGUCUUUAAACCUAUUGGUAUAUGUUGUGCCUCUAUAAUUAACAGUAAAGCAGCUUACUCAUGACUUCCAGCAGCUUAGUUACCCUCUUAAUUUAUAAUCGUAGUUCCGCAUUAAUUGUCUAAUUGUAUAUUGUUAACCUGGGCUAGCAUUGCUUUAUAAACUCAGUCUAGUAUAAACCCGCAUUUAUUGACUAGUAUUAUAUCGUUAAUUAGGGUCGUAUUUCAUUACACGUUCAGCCUAGUAUAAGUUGCAUUCUAUGAGAAAAUAUCAGCCUUGUAUAAAGUUACUAACGUUAUGAACGCUACGCAGCAAUUUUACGCUGAGAAUUCUAACAAUUUAGGCAAUCCGUAUGUCUGGGAUAUUUUUGAUGAUUCUGCAGAGUAUAACGAAACAAGUUCAAAAAACGAAGGUUUCAUUUGCUUUCUGCACUUGUACUACUUUCUAGUUACCGUUGCUGGAGGAGUUUGUUCAUUUACACUGUUGUUUCUGGUAUUAUUUCGAACUUCCGGAAUGUUCAAGCCAUACAGAAAAAUGUUGGUGCUUUGUGCUACGUCUGACAUUAUUUAUUGGCUGGUUGAGACUUCGCUACAUUAUGUAAGAAGUUUCUACCAUACUAAAACUCUUGUUUAAACAAAGAUCUAAAAUUUAUUGGUCUUACGGGAGUUUUUUUUUGUAGAGGUGUCUGUUAUAAAGAAGCUCGUUAUAAGGUUUUUUUAUAACAUUGUUAUACAAAAUUUAAACUUAUAAAAAUAUUUCAAAAAUUUUAUAUUUUUACGUUUAGAGAGUCAGAAUUGUGAACAAUGUUAUCUUAUUGACACCGCUUGGAUUCAGCCAGAAUUUUAACUACAACACACAGUUGAUACUAUUAGGCGUUUAUAUGUGGGCAGUCAUCCUUGCAGAGUAUAUCUUGCCAGCUCAAGCAUUCUAUCGUUAUUAUACUUUAGUACAGUAAGUUUUUUACCUUCAACUGUCACAACACGAAAGUUACUUUAAAGCAACCCAACUAUAAAACCAUGCCCUAAAUACACUUUUCAAAAAAAAGUACAAAACAAAGGUUUAAAAUUAAUCUUAUUUUAGUAAGAGGUCCAUGAGUUUACAAAUGACAAUGCUUUUGUUUGUAAUGGCGUCUGUUAUUAGUAUUCCUACUGGAUAUAUAGCUUACCUUAGUUACGCUUACUCUGGUCUACAAAAACCUGGAUUUAAUUAUGGUACUUACUGGUUCAUUGAAAGACCACUGCCAACUCUGUUACUCGCUGAUAUGGUAAGUAAGACUAAUCACGUAUGUGUAAGAGAGCUUUUCAGUUAACAGACUAGUGAUAUACAUACAUACCAAUUUAAACCCGCUUAUUAAUGUGUUUUCUGUUUUGUCUAUAAAAUAAUUUGCUUAUUUUACUAUAAACUGAUAAUUAUAAAAUACUAUUAUUGAUUUUAGGAAAGCAACUACUUAAAACUCUUAGUAGCAAUUGUUAUACCUUGCGCUUUCAUAGCUUAUUCGCUGUCACUUACCUUUGCGUGGAAAACAUUACGUUACUUACGCACUCACAUAGAAGUUCAAUCAGCCCAAACUUUAAAACUUCAGCGACAACUUUCUCAGUGCUUGUUAAUGCAGGUGCGUCCUAUAAACAACACAACAACCUUUAGUAGUGUCUUUUUUAUUUAAAAAUUAAAACAAAACGUUUUCAGAACAUUUUGCCAUUGUUUACUAGCGCAACACCCGUGGCUUGUUACACUAUUCCAAUAUUAUUCGGAAUUCAAUCGGACAAGAUUGUGACAUAUGCGUCAAUGUGUCUUUCAUUGGUACCAAUCGGUAACCCAAUAAUUUCAAUUCUUGUAAUUUCGCCGUACAAGGCUACUGUUUUGCGGUGGUUGGAUAAAAUUGUGUGUGGAUUGUUAACCCGACAUAAAAUAAUGACAAAAGCAAUGAUGACAUCGACUAAAAGUGGUAGUAUGGGUCCGAUUCAAUUUACCUGA